GAGAGUCCUUCGUCCUUGGCUUGGGUUGAGCUGUCCAUAAAGACGAGCAUGUUUGUCACGCAAGAGCGAUUUGGGAGAAAUCCGUGUUGGGCUGGAGAUAUCAGGUUGCUGGAAGUGAGGAAUGCGACGGAUUGCGCAUCACACGCUGACUCUUGUGGUGAUGAACCUUGUUCGGUAUGCGAUGGUGAGCUUCAGGCUUAUCCCAAAAUGGCUCAGACGGGGGACCCUACUGGAACUGGGAGGGGUGGUUUCUCUGUGUUUACACACCUAUAUGGUGAACAAGCCAGAUACUUUGACGCCGAAAAGAAACCCAAGAUAUCUCACGCAACACGCGGUCUCGUUUCGAUGGUUGAGAAUGGUCACGGGCAACAUGGAUCACAGUUCUUCAUCACGUUGGCGGAUGAUUUGCCUUAUUUGGAUAAUAAACACACUGUAUUCGGUCGACUCGCAGAAGGGUUGGAAUUUAUUGACAAGAUUAAUGAAGUUUUUUGUGAUAAAGAGAACAGACCCUUUAGAAACAUCCGAAUCCAUCAUACGAUCGUGCUGGACGAUCCGUUUGAUACCCCGAGGACUCUUGUUUACCCAAAAUCCCCUGAACGUUUUCCCAAAGCGAUGUUUGGGGAUGGCGGUAUUCCUCGAAUAGAAGAAGAUGAAGAACUAGACGAGGAAGUGGGCCUAUCACCUACUCGUUUGAAGGAAGUACAGGCAGAACAGGAGGCGAAAACACAUGCGCAACUCCUCACGUUGAUCGGUGACCUCCCGGAUGCGGAUGUGAAGCCACCAGACAACGUACUGUUUGUGUGUCGCUUGAACCCAGUGACGACCUCUGAGGAUUUAGAGAUAAUUUUCAGUCGGUUUGGUGAGAUUAAGUCUUGUGAGGUGAUUCGGGAUCGCCGUACAGGCGCCUCUCUCCAGUAUGCAUUUGUUGAAUUUGAAAACGAAUCUGACUGUGAAAAUGCCUAUUUCAAGAUGGACAAGGUGAUCAUCGAUGAUAGACGCAUUCAUGUUGACUUCAGUCAGUCCGUCGCUAAAGAAUGGCAGAAAUACCGCCGAGAGCAGAAGGCUGUCGUAAUUCGCGAUCCGAAACCACCGAGACCAGCCCGAGGUCAAUCUCGGCAUGAACCGUCUCACAGGCACGAAAGGCGUGAGCGUAGCCGGUCACCGCGAGCUUCAAGGAGAUUUGAGAAACGACCUUCUCAAGAUUCCAAACGCACUCGGUCACCAGUUUCAUCGCAUCCCAAGGAAAAUGUGGGAAGCCCGAAACACAAGCCAUUGCCAGGUGCCGACUUGGAUUUGGUGGUUUCUGGAAGCGAUGAACUCUCCUCUAGUUCCUCUUCUCUGUCCAGUUCGCAUGCCAGGAAGAAGAAGAAACACAGGAAACAUUCAAGGUCAGACGAAGUCCUACUUGGGUUGCCUCCUGUGGAUGAUGAGAAAGAGGAACAUGACCGACGUUCACUGUUACAGUUUCUCUAUGAGUUGCACCAAAUGUUCGAUUUGGAGAACAACUCAACUGAGACUUUUCUAUUCCCGAGGGACGAAAUGACGCUGUUUAAACUGGUCUUGCAGGAGCACUGCAAUAUGAAAGAACACAGUGACCCGCACCUUCUCUGGUUCAAUGUCUGUCGCCACCGCAUUCAUAGUACAACUUCUAGUGGAGGUGAACUGUGUAGCCUGGCUGAAAAAGUCGACUCACUGCUCAACACAUUCAACGUUGUUGACCGUACCACACUCUUGUCACGUAUUCUGAGCGAAUUUCAGGAUAACGUGGAGAUGAAACAGUACGUGUUUGACACAAAAUACUUGGUGUGCUCCCAAAGCCUCGAUUGGUUCGAAUAUCUUGCUUUGGAAUUGCUGACCUCUUACAACGUACCAAAUAUUCGAUUUUCGCUGUCUGCAAACGCUGGUGACUCCGUGAAGGAACUUUUAUUCUUCCAGUUUAGACAAUGUACUCCACACCUUGUGAGCUACUACAAGAAAUGUACCGUGACUGAUGUGUUGCUCAGUUAUUUGGGGCUGUCGAUCAACAUUAAAGAUUCCAUCAGACUUUUGAGACUAUUAAACCGUCCAAAACGUGGGCUGGAACGAGAGACCUUCUAUACCUUGCGUCUUCUGACCAGACAGUCUAACCUUUCUGCCACGCAGAUUGCUAUGUCGUUCGUCACCCUUACCCAGUUAGGUGGGUCUCAGGACAUGUAUGCUGUCCUAAAACCUUGGUCUUCGGGGCUUCACCACCUGGUUGACUGCCUGGCCAAAUGCCAGGAUGCUCUUUCCGGUGUAACAGAUGAGCUUGUUUUGGUGACCACAGGCUCCGGAGAUCGUAUGAAUUUAGAAGAUGCUUGUUCAGCGGUCAAACAUUGUAUACGCACCGCCGGUCAGCUUCUCAAAAAGCCAUUAAGGGGGGCGAAAACCUGUCCGGGGGACUCGGACUAUGACACAGUGUUUACGGCGUCAAACAUCAACGAAGCACUAGAACGACUAAACCAAAAGUUGGCCCGCAUCAUGAAUUCCACAACACUGCCAAAAUUUUGUGAUGAGACCCCAGGAAGAUCACUUUCACGUGGUGGCAGUCUUCGGGGACGCGCUGCAGCCAGGCUCGGUCGCUUUCUUUUGGUUGUAAGCGAACAGCGCUCGGAAUUGUCCAACAUUAUUACGACACAACCGUGUGGCAGCUUUUCAGCUACACCAAUGUCCUCCAGGCUUCCUCAGACUCCAUCCGCUACAAUUCAUUCCACUGUCACCACCCCAACUACCGAAGGCCGAGGGGAUCAGUUGCUUCGCAUGUUCUUGUCACCACAAACCCCAUCAGUUUCACAUCAAGCUGUCGAGGCGAAUAAUGAAAAUCUACCUGGUAGUAUCGCACCUGCGACUUCACUGAUUCCGGACUUAACCGAUGAGACCUCCAUGCCGGAGAGGCCAGUUUUCUCGCUUUACCAGACCAACUUGGAUUGGGCAGACACCGGGUUCUCUCCACCUCCGAGACGCUCGUCCCUCACCCGAGCGAAUAACAUGGUCGGCGAUUGGAACUCACAGUCGAUGCCAGCUUGGUCGGAACGUCGAUUAGGUCGCAUCCCCCUGGCUGAGACGCAAGCGAGCGUGAAAACUUUAUCGAACGUUUCGACUCCCACAAAGGUUAGAGCCUCACCUGUCAAAAAACCCAGAACCUUGUUUAUCGAUGGUUCAACUGAUGAAUUGCAGGGAUCCGCCAUGACCACUGAGCCCGUCGUCAGGAACGUGACCAACACAAAGUCCCAACAAAACAAAGGGGCCAACACACGAAAGAAAAGACUUUCCAAUCCAAAAGUGGACGGUAAACAGCGAUGUCUAACCGAUUUCUUUCGUAUUUAACCACACUGUGUUCAAUGGAUCAAAUAUACUUUGCCAAAUGGGCGCUGUGCAUUUUGUUGCCGUGCUAUUUACCCGCGUCCUGCUAUCCACUAAUCGUUCUUCUCCAGAAUCCUCUUUCAUAUCGGCUCAUAAAAGUCAGAUUUACCCGGAGCUUUCCACUUAUUUUAUUACCCUAUUUUGUGUUAUGUGCUUUUCUAUCCUUAAUGUAUUUUUCACCUUCGAUAUCAUUUAUCCGAUCGUUCAUCUAUAUGUCACAAACCUUUUGAGAUGUAGUUUUUUUAAUGUAAUAUGAACGCUUUAAGUGGGC